AUGGAUACCAGCACAGCUCACAGAGAGACAUGGAUACCAGCACAGCUCACAGAGAGACAUGGAUACCAGCACAGCUCACAGAGAGACAUGGAUACCAGCACAGCUCACAGAGAGACAUGGACACCAGCACAGCUCACAGAGAGACAUGGAUACCAGCACAGCUCACAGAGAGACAUGGAUACCAGCACAGCUCACAGAGAGACAUGGACACCAGCACAGCUCACAGAGAGACAUGGACACCAGCACAGCUCACAGAGAGACAUGGAUACCAGCACAGCUCACAGAGAGGCAUGGAUACCAGCACAGCUCACAGAGAGACAUGGAUACCAGCACAGCUCACAGAGAGCCAUGGAUACCAGCACAGCUCACAGAGAGACAUGGAUACCAGCAGAACUCACAGAGAGACAUGGAUACCAGGACAGCUCACAGGGAGACAUGGAUACCAGCACAGCUCACAGAGAGACAUGGACACCAGCAGAGCUCACAGAGAGGCAUGGAUACCAGCACAGCUCACAGAGAGACAUGGACACCAGCACAGCUCACAGAGAGACAUGGACACCAGCAGAGCUCACAGAGAGGCAUGGAUACCAGCACAGCUCACAGAGAGACAUGGACACCAGCAGAGCUCACAGAGAGACAUGGACACCAGCAGAGCUCACAGAGAGACAUGGAUACCAGCACAGCUCACAGAGAGGGUUGUGUGAGUGUUUCAACAUCGAUGUUAAGCGGCCUCGUAUCUACACUGGUCCAGAGGAGGCCCUGUUUGGUUUCUCUGUGCUACAGCAUGACAAUGCGGGGGACAAAUCGAUGCUGGUUGGUGCUCCUUGGGAUGGACCUUCCAAUACCAGGAGAGGAGACGUGUACAAAUGCCUCGUGGGAGAAGAGAGGAGCUCCAACUGCACCAAAACCAACCUAGGUGAGAGCACGUUACAGAAUGUAUCUAGAAACCUGAAGAACUCUCAUCUAGGAAUGACCCUCAGUCCAGACUCACCUGAUGGAUUCCUGGCGUGUGCGCCCCUGUGGUCUCAGGAGUGUGGUACGUCAGUCUUCAGUACGGGGAUCUGUGCUUCUGUCAGCGACAACCUGGAACCUAGAGAGACCAUCGCCCCUACAGCACAGAGAUGUGCAACAUACAUGGACAUAGUGAUCGUUCUGGAUGGCUCCAAUAGUAUCUAUCCCUGGUAUGAAGUCCAGAACUUCCUCAGUAACAUCCUCAGCAAGUUCCAUAUCAGCCCAGAACAGAUGCAGGUGGGGGUUUUGCAGUACGGUGAGGUUGCGGUCCAUGAGUGGUCACUGAGAGACUACCAGACAACACAGGAGGUGGUUGAAGCAGCUAAGAACAUCAGCCGACAGGAGGGGCGGGAGACACGCACAGCAUACGCCAUCCACAUGGGCUGCACGGAGGCAUUCAGCCCUGAGCGGGGGGCGAGGGAGGGGGCCACCAAGGUCAUGAUCGUGGUGACAGACGGAGAGUCACAUGAUGGGGAGGAGCUACCGGAUGCUCUGGAGGAGUGUGAGAAGAGAAACAUCACCAGAUAUGCCAUCGCUGUAUUGGGUCACUACAUCCGCAGGCAGCAGGACCCAGAGACGUUUAUCAGUGAGAUCAAGUACAUCGCCAGCGACCCUGACGACAAAUACUUCUUCAACGUGACUGAUGAGGCGGCGCUCAACGACAUCGUAGAUGCACUAGGAGACCGCAUCUUCACUCUAGAGGGGACGCUGGGGUACAACGAGAGCUCCUUCAAGUUUGAGAUGUCCCAGAUCGGCUUCUCCACACACGUUCUCGAUGAUGGCAUCCUGUUUGGGAUGGUGGGGGCGUAUGACUGGGACGGAGGGGUGCUGAAGGAGGGCGCUGAGGGCCGCAUCAUGCCCACCAGAGAGGCCUUUGAGUCAGAGUUCCCUCAGGAGCUCAAGAACCACGCUGCCUAUCUGGGCUACACAGUGUCGUCAGUGAUAGUGGGAGACUGGAGGAGGCUGUAUGUGGCUGGAGCACCCAGGUUCAAACACAAAGGAAAGGUCAUUCUGUUUGAACUGAGCAACAAUGGAGAUGUCAACAUUGCACAGGCCCUCAAUGGAGAACAGAUUGGGUCGUACUAUGGCAGUGAGGUGUGUGGGUUGGACGUGGACCAGGAUGGCAUUACUGAUGUUCUGCUGGUGGCAGCACCCAUGUACCUGGGCCCUGGCAACAAGGAGGCAGGCAGAGUCUACAUCUACUCCCUCAGUGGGGAGGAGGUGUUUGUAUCUAACGGUACUCUGAAGGCAGAGGAUAGGUCCCAGGAUGCUAGGUUUGGCUACGCCCUGGCCUCCGCCCCAGACCUCAACCAUGACGGGUACACUGACCUGCUGGUGGGGGCACCCCUAGAGGAUGGACACAAUGGGGCCAUAUACGUCUACCACGGCCAGGGCAUACACAUCAUCCACAACUACAAACAGCGUAUCGCAGGGUCGUCCCUGUCUCCCUCUCUGCAGUACUUUGGGCGCAGUGUGAGUGCCAGAUUGGACCUGGAUGGAGAUGGUCUGUUAGACCUGGCUGUGGGGGCCCAGGGCAGUGCUGUACUACUCAGUUCUCGUAAUAUAGUCCAGAUCAACAUGAGUCUGUCCUUCCAGCCCCACUCCAUCAACGUCAUCCAGAAGACGUGUCAGAGAGGAGGGAGGGAGUCUGACUGUCUCAACGCUACAGCCUGCUUCCUGGCUCUGUCCCGCUCCCCUGGAACUCACAGCAACAGCUUUGAGCUGUCGGUGGUGGCCAUGUUGGAUGAGAGAAAGUUGACAGCGAGGGCGUUGUUUGACGACAGCAACCAGAGACAGUCACAGCUGGGGGUCAGAGUUCACACAAGACAGACCGUCUGCCACAACCUGCCCUUCCAUGUGUUUGACACAGCUGACUACAUCCGUCCAAUCAGCUUCUCCCUGCGCUUUAAGAUCAACGACACAGAGAGCGGCCCAGUGCUGGACGAAGGCUGGCCCACCACCUUCAAGAGAUCGAUUGCGUUCUUCAAAGACUGUGGUGAGGAUGAUGUGUGUGUCACUGAUCUGGUGCUGCAGGCUCAUAUGGACAUCUCUGGGACAAGACAGCAGCCCUAUGUGAUCCGUAGCCCUCGCAGACGUCUGGCUGUAAAAGUCCAGCUGCAGAACAGACUGGAGAACGCCUACAACACCAGCCUAUCGCUGCACUACUCACGCAACCUCCACUUCUCUAGUCUCAGUAUACGGGAGGAUACCCAGUUGAAAAUUGAGUGUACAUCUCUCAGUUCCAACAGUCAUUCCUGUAAUGUCAGCUAUCCUGUGUUCCGCUCCCACUCCAAGGUGAACUUCAUGUUAGAGUUUGAGUUCAGCUGUACGUCUCUGCUCAGUAAAGUCCAGAUGAAACUCACAGUUGCCAGUGACAGUGUGGAGAGAGAGGCUACGUUGGGAGACAACAGUGUUCAGCUCCAGACUGUGGUUCAGUACGAACCUGACCUCUUCAUCACCAGUGACUCCAAUCUGAACCGUUAUGAGGUCCACCCAACCAGAACCAUAUCAGAGGCAAUAGGACCAGAGUUCUACACACACUUCAGGAACCUGGGCUGUUACAGUGUGAGUAACCUGGAGUUGAGGCUGAGCCUGCCCUCUGUAGCAGCUGGAGACAGAGUCUUCAUGGCUGUUACUGAGGUCUUCUCUUACAACGUGACAGGGGUGAACUGCAGUGUAGACAGUGACGUGUCCCAGCUGAAGGACAGACAGAGAGAUGUACGACCACUACAUCCUGAAGACAUGCAACAGACUGACCUACUGAACUGCAGCAGGUCGUGGUGUGUGGAGGUGGUGUGUGAGGUACAGCAGCUGCAUCGAGGACAGACCGCUCUCAUACGAGUCAGCCGCAGGGUCCACGACAACUUCUUCAGACAGGCUAAGUUUAAGGUGGUGAGGAUAGUGAGUGCCUAUCGUCUGGCUGCUCAGGAAUCUAACCUGGUCACUCUUGGGAGUGGCGCCAUCUGGAGGGAGACGGUGCUGGAGGUACUAAAGGGGCGGGCCAUCCCCAUUUCUCUCUGGAUUUUGAUAGGUAGCAUUAUUGGAGGGCUUCUGCUAUUGGCCCUCAUCAUCUUCGCAAUGUGGAAGCUGGGGUUCUUCACUCGUAAACAGAUAAAGGACGAGGAACUCGAGGACUGA